AUGAGACCCGGUCCUCCAGGCCAGAACUCUCACUUCUACCCCCUGAGGGCCCCUGCGAGGUGCUUCCUUUCGGAAAUUCCCGACCGCGGGCCUCCCGAGGCCGGAAUCUCCACGCAGUUUGAGCUCCGUGUGGCACGUUGUGAGCUUCCUCCGCAGCUCGUCUCCGGCUUCGCCGCGCCCUGGGAGAGAGCUGGUGUGUGGGAGGCCUCCUGUGAGCCACCUAUUUUUUCCUGCCUCCUGAUACAUACUCCUACCCCCAUCAAGGAUUCGGGGAUGCCAGGGGGGAAGAAGGUGGUCGGGGGUGGCAGCAGCGGUGCUGCCCCCACUGCUGCUGCAGUCCCCUCUGGGGUCAGACGCCUGGAGACCAGUGAAGGUGCCUCAGCCCAGAGAGAUGAUGAGCCAGAGGAGGAAGGGGAAGAGGACCUGAGAGACGGAGGCGUCCCCUUCUUUGUCAACCGGGGUGGGCUGCCUGUGGACGAAGCCACCUGGGAAAGGAUGUGGAAGCACGUGGCCAAGAUCCACCCCGAUGGAGAGAAGGUGGCCCAGCGGAUCCGAGGGGCCACAGACCUGCCCAAGCUGUCACCACCUUUAAAAGCUCAGUGGCCACUCAUCCCAGACCCAGCUGCUGAAGGUCUUCUGACUGUGGCUCUGGCCACGGAGCUCCUGCAGAAUGGGAAUUUGGACACCUCCUCCAAAAAGAAGCAUAAAAUUCAAACCUCGACAGAAGCUCCAAAUGAGGAAUGCCGUCAAGUGCCAGGAAGGAGAGAAAUGGCCAUGAUUCCCAUACCGAGUGUGCCUACGUUCCAGCCCUCCACGCCCGUCCCUGAGCGCCUGGAAGCUGUGCAGCGCUACAUCAGGGAGCUGCACAGGUACAAUCACACAGGGACACAGUUCUUUGAAAUUAAGAAGAGCAGACCUCUGACAGGGCUGAUGGACCUGGCCAAGGAGAUGACCAAAGAGGCUCUGCCAAUCAAAUGCCUGGAAGCCGUGAUCCUGGGAAUUUACCUCACCAACAGCAUGCCCACCCUGGAGCGCUUCCCCAUCAGCUUCAAGACCUACUUCUCAGGGAACUACUUCCGCCACAUCGUGCUGGGGGUGAACUUCGGCGGCCGCUACGGGGCGCUGGGCAUGAGCCGGCGCGAGGACCUGAUGUACAAGCCGCCGGCCUUCCGCACGCUCAGUGAGCUCGUGCUGGACUACGAGGCUGCCUACGGCCGCUGCUGGCACGUGCUCAAGAAGGUGAAGCUGGGCCAGUGCGUGUCCCACGACCCGCACAGCGUGGAGCAGAUCGAGUGGAAGCACUCCGUGCUGGACGUGGACAGGCUGGGCCGCGAGGACUUCCGCAAGGAGCUGGAGCGCCACGCCCGCGACAUGCGGCUCAAGAUUGGCAAAGGGACUGGCCCUCCCUCCCCCACCAAGGACCGGAAGAAGGACGUUUCCUCCCCACAGAGGGGCCAGUCCAGCCCCCACCGCAGGAACAGCCGCAGCGAAAGGCGGCCAUCGGGUGAGAAGAAGCCUUCUGAGCCCAAAGCCAUGCCGGACCUCAACGGGUACCAGAUUCGGGUGUGAGGCACGUGGCAGUGCCCAGCCUCACCACUUCUGGCUGGGAUCCAUCUGCCAGAACCAGCCUCAUUCGUGGGGAGGGAGAGGCUGGUGACCGGGCAGGGUGAGAGGCAGCAGGAAGAGCCUGUCCCAGCUCAGCCACCCAAGCUGUUGCCCCUCCCGCUGGGCCAAGCCCCUUAACUUUGGGCCAAGAAGCAGUUAGUAUUUUCUUUGGAGUUUUUAACCCAGUAACUGAAGUUUAAGGGAUUUGGGGAAAACAAAACUAAUGGAUCUGCCGGUGGCUGGAAGGCCAGUGCUUAGGACAUCUAAGUGCCACAAGGCUGAGCAAGGAGGGGGUUGCUGGCUCUGCUGGUGUCCCUCUGGGAUUUGAGUCCAUCCUACCUGUGGGAAAUUUCCCAGCCCCCUAAGCCUGUGGCAGGAUGGGGGUGGGGAAGGGGGAGGGAUGGAGGUGUUCCUCCAGUUCUGUCUGCCCUGGCAGAAUCUUGAGCCAGGGAACGGGAAGCAGGGUAGAAAUCAUCCUGGGAAAGGUCUGUGUGGCCAAUAUCAGGAGCUUGGCACAAGGCCACAUCUGCCCCAAGAGCAGAGUCCAUGGCCCAGGACAGCCCUGUGCACUUGUGGCCCAUGGACAGUGCUGUGUGGGCUGCAGGAGAGCCCAGGAGAGACCACUGGGGGAGGAAAUCCCAGGCCCAGCUCCUACCUAGUCUCCUUACUUAGCCCAGCUCUGCCUGUUGCUGAAGCCCAGGGGGCUCCCUGCAGAGGGGCUGAGCCUUGCCAAAGGCCCAGAGUUGCCCUGGGCUCAGCAUGACUGUAGGGACUGAGCAGACCCAGUGGGUCCAGGAAGCAUGGCUGGGGACAGAGUAAGACACUUGGGCCAGGGGCUAUCCCCUGGCAGUCCUGUCCCCAAGGGUGGGGGUGAGAGGCACUGCUACUCCCCCCUUUCUAUUACCUCAGUCCUUGCUGUGAAAACAAAGACCAGAUCAGGAUGCUUGUGCCUCGUGCCUGUCUCCCCUCAUUUAGCAACCUGUCUAGGUUUGGGGGUACCAGUGAUGAUCAGAUUUGUUGCAUGUGGCUUGUCAGGGAAGAAUCUGGAUAGCUGGAGACUACACAGUCUGCCUGGCAAGUGUGAGACACCUGGCAGGCAAGUGAGAGGUGGAAGGAAGUUGGCAGGGUUGGGGGAAGGUUCUGGAGGCUCAAACAACAAGGACGUGGUAGGGCAAGGGUGCGGCUGACACCACAGAGGAGUAAAGACUGAGAAAUGAGGAGCGUAAGUGAGAAAAGGAUGUGGGAGAGAGUUUAGAAUCGGGCUGCUUGGGGAAUAGUGAGUUCUCUGUUGCUGGAAGUAUCCAAGCAAAGUCUGGAUGGCUACUUGUCAGAAAGCUGUAGAGAGGGUUCAGGUUAUGGAAGGGGUAGCAGGAUGAGAGGACCAUCAAGGUUUCAUUGCACUGAAAUGGCUGGGGUUCAGCCAGGGGCUAGGCCCUGGAAAAGGGAGGACCAGAACCUCAGAUGCCCACGGGGCCAGACGGGGGAUUAAAAGGGCAGCAGGGCUGGGUGGGCACUGUGGCAAAUGAGAGAGGGCAUAUCCCUUUCAAGCAGCAACUAUUGCUCAGCUAUUCUCAGAAUGUGGGCCCUGCAUUACCAGAUUGUCUGUUUUUCCAGAAGCCAGAACUCUGAAUUUUUUAUGUGAAAUACCCUGAUUUUUAAAUGUUGGCAAUCAGUUCAGAAAAUGUAAAAACCCAACAUGAAAGAGAAUGCCAGUUUGUAAUCUCUGAGGUAGAGUUUGCGCUGGGGAGAAGUCCAGUGAGAUGCUUUCAGAACAGUUUGAGGCUUCCCAGAGCAAGCUGGGCCAGGGCAGCGUCCUCACCGCUGAAGCUUCUCCCGGGGAGGGCAACUGGCCCAGGUUUGUCCUCUUCACGCUCCUUGCCGACCAGAGACCCACCAGGGUCACCAGUGGGGGUGGAGUAGAGAUGGCACAGUUCCCAGCCUGCCAGGGAGAUGGAUGGGGCCUGAGAAGCAGAGAAAGAGGGAGGGAGGGAGACAGGAUGCCUUUGCUGAUGCGAGUGCUGUCGGGGAAGCCCCAGGGGCUGGCAGCUCUCCAUACCAGCAGCUUCUGGCCCAGAGCCAGGCCCAGCAGGAGGGCCAGCUGGGCAGUCCCUUAGGUUAUUCAGGGGUCACUGGGCCCUGGGGAGGGACCUAACCUGCCCCUGGACUGUAGUCCCCAGCCAGACCAAUUCAAGGGCCGUCAUGACCCCUGACUCACCAUCCCAUCCCAUCCCUGUUUUUAGGGAGUGGGGUGGUGGUCCCCAUGUUUCCACAUCUACCAGAGGCAGGGAUGGCUCACUCUGGGAGGCGUGCAGCUGAAAAUGAAUGAGGCCUUUUCUAGGUCUAUGUGUGGGUGCCUCCUGCAAGCCACUUAGCAACAGGGGAGGGACUCAGGACCUGUGGACCUGUGGACCCUAGGGCUCGAGAGAAGAGAGGGGAGAGGGGAUUAGGGUCAGGGAGAAGGGGGGGGGGGGGAGUUGCUCAAUCCACAGGCUCCUUUCCCAGAGCCCUCUGGGGAGACAGAGUGAAAUGAGGCCCACCCCUGUUGCUGCCCGCAAGAGGGAGCUGAUCACCCUGAGCUGAUAACCCCCAGGAGCCCCCUUCCUUGCUGAGACCUUGGGCCUGUGGAGGCCACCACAGGAUACAGCGGUGCUUUUUAAUUUAUUUUUAACAUUUUCUCAUAUGUAGCAACCCCUCCUCCCCUCCUGAGCAUGUUUACACAGGCUCUGCUCCCUGGGGCUGGCCUGACUGCAGUUUCUGGGGAGGCAGAGGCAGGGACUUUGGGGCCUUAGUCACCAUCCUUGGUUUCACCUCAUCUACUUCCUGUGAGGAACAGGGGUCUGGCUCCUGACUCAGGACUGCCUUCCAUCACCCAGUGGGGGCUCCUCUGCCCCUAGGGGUGGGAGCUGCUCACUGAGGAGGGCCCAAGGUGAGGUCAGAGAAAGCUGCUUAAUGAAGGUGGGUCAGGGUGGCGAUGACCACUCCCCAAAGCCCGGCUCCUUGUGCUCAGUGCCAGCUCAGAACACUGGGAAACAGUGUUUAGAGCACCUUCCUGCCCACCUUAACUGCCAGUCCUCUCCCUCCCAUGGCCUCAACACAGUCAUGUUCCCCUCAUGCCAGACCCCAUCCUUCCUGGGUGUGGCCAAGUGGGGAGGGUAGCAGCCCCCCAGCCCAGGUACCAUGAAGCCUAGGGCCAGGGUUCCAAGGAGUAGAAGGGGCCCAGAGGUUGGCUGUGUCUGAUUUCUGACCCUGUCUGCCAGCACACGCCCCAUUCCUUCCAUCUUGGACUUGACCUCCUGGCUCCGAGCUAGGGUCCAGUUCUGGUCAGCAGCGUGCCCAGAGGCCCAUGUAUCUGUGUGCACCCUGGGUCCCCUGCCUGAGUAGCUUUUUGGCUUUGAUGUAACAUCCCCAGGCCCACCCUCUGGCCUCGAAGUACGGGAAGGCGCAAAGCUGGGCUGGCACACUGACUGCAUUCUUUGUGCCAGAGCACCCUGUGCUGCAAUCUCUACUUGUUCCUGCUGAGAAACCAGCUGAAGGGUGGGAAGGCCUCUGGAGUGUGGGGCUGGAGGGGUCCUGCCCCAGGCCGCACAGGGCUGCUGUGGUGCUAGCUGCACGCUCAACAGUGUUGACCUCCGUGCCACAUCCUGGUGUUCCUGGGUCCCAAGUUCCCCUUUCUCUGGUGUGCUUGGCCUCAGGGGCCUGGUGAUGGGAGAUUCCCCUCCCUUAAGCUUUGUGUUGGGCUGCCUGUGGGACCAGACUUUGUCCUUCCUGCUCUUCCCGUGUCAGUAUUGUUCUCUCCCCUCUCACUUUUACACCCCUCUCAUUGCUGUGCUCAAUUUUUUCCUGAAAUGAAUAAAGGCUCCCAGCUCCGGUUGCACGGGCUGGGCAGAAACCACA